AUGAAGCUGCUAGCACCCAUUAUUAUUCUUGCGGCCAUUACCACCAGCCCAGUAAGCGCAGUGAAUAUCAUAUGCGGACCCUGGUCAGAGGUCGUCUGCCCAACGGGGUUCUACUGCAAGCAUGAGAAUGCCUCGUACUGGCAUUGCGUCAAGUUGCCCACCACCGCGACCAAGACGGCGGUAUCUACCCUCUUCUAG